AUGAUCCCCGUUGGCGGCGGCUUGGGCAGCAGUGCCAGCUUCUGCAUUUGCCUGAGCACGGCGCUGCUGCAGCAGAUGCGCGCCUUGGCCGGCCCGCAUCCCGACCAGCCCGCCCACGAGGCCGAACACCAAAUCAAGCGCAUCAACUGCUGGGCGUUUGUGGGCGAGCUCUGCCUCCACGGGGAGCCCAGUGGUGUCAACAACACAGUCUCGUCCCGCGGCAGAGCCGUGCGGUUCUGCAAACACCCCACGGAGCCGCCCUCCGUCGCGCCGCUCGCCCACUUCCCAAAGCUGCGACUGCUCCUUGUCGACACCAAACAGCCGCGCUCCACCGCCGCACAGGUCGACGCGGUGCGGCAGAUGAAAGCCGUGCGCGGCCGACCGUCGUCGAGCCCGCCUUGGACGCCAUCGGCCAGCUCACCACGUCGGUCCGGCGUCAAAGAGGACGCGGUGCGCGGGUUCGAGCGGGCGUGCGUGGCGGAAGGGUUUGCGACGUACGAGGCCAUUUUAGGCGCCAACGGCGUGGGUGUGCUUUGGCCUGCUGUGUUUGGCAGCGGUCCUGAUGGGAAAAAGGGCGAAGAGAUUGAUCAGGAGCGGUUCGAGAGCGCCGUCCGCGCGCGCGGCAUCGAGGAGCUGGUCGGCGUGGGCGCGCGGGAAGACCGGCAAGGACGGAAAUUUUGGAUGUGA